AUGAACGGAGAAGCUCGAGUCUUGCACGAGCAUGAAAUCUCACAAAGGCUGACAGCCAUAUGCUCUGAGAUCCUAUGUAUUCCGGUGGGGAAUAUAGAGAGUGUUUCUUCCUUUGUUAGUUUAGGAGGGGAUUCUUUCAAAGCAGUAAAUUUCUUCCAGAAAUGCACUGAACAAGGUCUCGCUGUUCGCUUCCAAGAUCUUCUCCACAAGUCUAUGGCUGAAAUAGCACACCUCUCAGCGAUCUCAAUCCAAGGUCAUCAUGAUUCUUCCACACUAAAACAACGUGGUAGUCUUCGGCAUAAAACAUAUCCCCUCAUGCCAGAUACAUACAAUUUCAGCAAGAUACUGCAGGAGCUAAGGGACAAGCAUGCAUUGAGUCAGGAUGAUGUCGAGGAUAUAUACCCAUUGAGCCCAAUGCAGGAGAGCAUGUAUAUCGGACAGAAAAUGAGCUCAAAACGCCUAUACCGAACUCGCGGCCUAUUCGUAGCGGCAUCUGGGUUUGAUUUGGAGCAUUUCAAAGCCACCUGGGGCGAUAUUAUUCGCAGACAUCAAACUCUCAGGACUAUAUACGUUGAAACAUCGGACCCAGCUUCGGAAAGGCUGCUCGACGCAGUCGUUCUCAAGGAAAAGCCUGGGCGGAUAACAGUGAGGCAAUAUCAUCAUGUUGAAGAAGUACAUCAGCAGUUCGCAAAAGACAUUUCCAAUGACCAGGAGGAUCAACAUCAUGUUACCAUUUACUGCGGGCCUGACAAGCAGAAAACCAGCCAAGUUUUCCUUCAACUCGAUCUCAACCAUCUUACCGUGGACGGCAGCUCUCUUAUGAUCAUCAUCCACGAACUCGUCCAGGGUUUGAGGGGCCUCCCGGUGAUAGGCCCAGCAGCGGGCUACGGGAAGUAUAUCGAUUAUCUCCAAAACCAGGUCGAUGAAGACGAGGCACUGAACUAUUGGAUCGACUUUCUCGAAGAAGCAGAGCCGUGUUACUUCCCAACUAUGAACGAUAACCAGAAGGGCGAGAGAGGAUCCGCCGAAGUUUUGGAGAUAUCGCUAGACACCUCCAUGCAAGAACUUCGAACAUUUUGCCGCGACUAUAACGUCACUAUUUCGAAUGUGUUGCAAGCCGUCUGGGCUCUGGUUCUGCACACAUACACAAGAGACCGCGAUGUUUGCUUUGGUUAUCUGUCGUCGGGACGUAGUCUGCCCAUUGUCGGAGCUUCGGAGAUUGUCGGUCCGAUGAUGAACCUCCUAGUUUGUCGAGUGAACAGCAUCGAAGAGAAGUCGAUCGGUGAUCUUCUCGAGGGAAUUCGCCAGGACUUUGUCAACUCGCUCCCACACCAAUGCUUUUCGAUUGGAAAAGUUCAAAGAAUUCUAGGAAGCCAUGAAAAUAAGCUAUUCAACACGAUUAUGACUUCAUAUUAUUCUCCCGACAUCAAUGACAAUGAAAAUACGGUAAAGCUUGUUGCAUCUCACAAUGCGUCAGACUUCGACAUUGUCAUAAAGAUUGUCUAUUCCGACUCAGAUAUCCGUGUACGAUUGGCUUAUUCGACAGCGGCUCUGUCAUCAAACAUGGCUCAGAAUGUUUCCUGCACUUUUUCGACUAUGCUUAAAAGAAUGAUAGAAGCGAAAAACCUCAAAACUUCAAUCCAACCUUUGACUCUAAUCAGCCCGCAUGAUAUGCAUCAGAUUACAGAUUGGAAUAACAACGCUCUUGUCCCUAAUACCCCUCCCACCCACAUUCACCAACUCAUUGAAAACAAUGCUCGUAUUCAUCCCGACGCUCCCGCCAUUUGCGCCUGGGACGGUGAUAUGAGCUACAAGGAACUCGAUGAAGCUGCAAGCUGCGUAGCCGGUUUCAUAAUCAACCUCGGUAUCGGCCCUGGAGCCUAUGUUCCGCUCUAUUUUGAAAAGUCAAAAUGGUUUUCAGUUGCUCUUUUAGCUGUUAUGAAAAGUGGAAACGCCUUUGUCCCACUGGAUAUUUCAAAUCCACCCAGGAGAAACCGGGAGAUCUUGAAACAAGUUGGUAUUUCAGAGGAUUAUGGCUUGGUCAUAUGUUCAUCGCAGCAAGCGUCGAAACUGGAUUCUUCGGCUCGAAACAUUUUGGAACUGAACGAAGAACAGCUUUCGACCAUAGCCUCUACACCAAAUUCGCGGCCUGUACCAUCUGUGGUCAAUGACGAUCCUAUAUACGUCAUUUUUACCUCUGGAUCUACUGGAGUACCUAAGGGCGUAAUUAUAGAGCAUGGCUCAUAUGCGUACGCUUUUGAGGCCCACAACCAUGGUCUUCACCUCAGCAGUUCCUCGAGAGUUCUCCAGUUUGCCUCAUACGGAUUCGACACCAGCAUGGAAGACCAUCUCACAACUCUCGCAAUUGGGGCUUGCCUUUGCGUCCCCUCUGAAGAGAUGCGCCUGAGUUUGCCAGAUUUAACCGCGUUUGCCACCAAGUCACAAGCCAACUGGGCUCAUCUUACACCGUCGUUUGCCGAGAUGCUAAGCCCUUCUAUAAUGCCAACCAUGAAGACGAUGGUUCUCGGUGGCGAGGCAAUGUCAGGAAAGAACAUUCGGAACUGGUCAAGACCUGGUCAAACUGAGUUGGUGCAAGUUUACGGACCAUCUGAGUGCUGCGUAACUAGCACUAUCAGUCCGAAGAUUACACCUGAAAGUGAUCCGACCAACAUCGGCAAAUCAAUUCCCGGCUGCAGGUCAUGGGUAGUUCGGCCCGAAGAACCAAACUUACUCCAGGCUAUCGGUGCUGUGGGUGAGCUACUUAUCGAAGGACCGAUCGUUGCCCGAGGGUACCUGAAUGAUCCGAAACAAACAGCGGAGUGUUUCGUUACUGGCCUCAAAUGGGCCCCUCAGAAGCGGUUUUACAGAAGUGGUGAUCUUGUCAAGUAUGACUCCAAGGGUGAUAUUCAUUUCGUGGGGCGAGCAGAUAGCCAGACUAAACUCCGUGGUCAGAGACUUGAGUUGGGUGAGAUUGAACGGCAGUUGAUACUAGAACCUGGAGUACGGAAUUGCCUUGUUCUUGUCCCCAAGUCGGGACCCUGCGGAGGGAGAUUGGUCGCAUUGGUCACACUUGCUUCUUCCAGCUCGCACUCAGAGGCUGCAGUUUCAACUCUGUCUGCACCAGUGGAGUUUCUGGAAAGCACUUGGCUUAAGCAAAUCGGCUGCAUGAGAGAUUUUCUCCUGGACAGAGUUCCGCAUUAUAUGACGCCCGAAAUUUGGAUCAUCGCAAAGUCGAUCGCUAGGAAUUCGUCAAGCAAGCUUGAGCGGAAGGAGGUAACUAAUUAUCUCGAAACCAUGACGGAAAGCCAGUAUGCCAAUUUGUUAUCUCGCAUGGAGGAGAAAAGUGUGGACCGACCAGGGAAUGAAACAGAACUGCUGUUGCAGAGCAUCUGGAGCGAGGUUCUAAACGUUCCUAAAGACCAGAUAAACUGGAAUAGUUCUUUUUAUUACCUAGGUGGUGAUUCGAUAUCGGCCAUGGCAGUAAGCAGCAUUGCGAGACAAAAGGGGCUGAACAUAUUAGCUGCGGAUAUUCUUCGUUGCAGAUCCAUUGAACGACUGGCCAAAUUAUCCGCUCCUACGAUUAAAACCCCCUUUAAACCGACUUUUGAAGCCAGCACAUUAACAGAAGAUCCAUUCCCUCUGUCGCCAAUUCAGCAAAUGCACUUCCAAGCUUCGCCGAACGGAGACGCUCUAGAUCAGCAAACGAUGGUAGUUCAACUUACCAAAGACAUAGACCAGGAAGCGCUCCUAAAUGGUCUAAACUCUAUUUCAGCUGCUCACCCUAUGUUACGAGCACGAUUUGAACGUCACAAUGGCGAGUGGAUGCAGAGAAUAUCCAAGUCAGAAGCCAAUCAAAGCUACAGAAUAAGAUUUCACAGCCGCGAUCAACUUGACUACGUCAUAGAGUGUAUUGCCGACGGUAAAAGGUCUUUAGACCUUACAAAUGGGCCUCUAGUUGGGAUUGACGUGUUCAAGACACGUCGUCAGACGUUGCUUUCUAUCACCAUCCAUCAUCUUGUGGUCGAUACAGUUUCUUGGCGAACUCUAUUCCGCGAACUUGAGAAUUUCCUCCUAUUUGGUGGUCAAGUGGAGGCUGAGAUGACGAGUUUCCAAACAUGGUGUUCUGCACAAAGACAACAUGCAAGAAACCUCAAAAUCGAGGACGUCCUUCCCGUACCUGAUCAAGUGCCCGCUACUGACCUUGGAUAUUGGAACAUGAAUGGCAAGGACAAUCGCUUUAAAGACUCCGUCCUUCAUAAACUUGCUUUUCGUCCAAAUUUUGGAAGAGCACUGUCUUCAGUACGCGAUACCGACAACUUUGCACCUCUGGAUAUCAUGAUUACCUCAAUCGGGGAAUCCUUCCAUGAUGUUUUUGACCGUUCGCCUGCUGUUUUCAUCGAAGGGCACGGAAGAGAGUUGUUAUCGUCCGACAUGAAUCCAUGGGAAACUGUGGGUUGGUUCACCACGUUCUCACCAGUUUUUGUAAAACACCAUGAUAAUAUUCUGGACACUCUAAGCACCGUACGCGAACUGCGAUUCAACACACCUCUGAGUGGACUUCCGUACUUCAUGUCAGGAUUUCUCAGCAGCGGUGGUAGUAAAGAAUACUUCAAAGCUCGCCACUGGCCGAUGGAGAUCACGCUCAACUAUCUAGGCGCUUUCCAGCAAUUCGAAAGACAAGGUUCACUGUUUAAAAGGUGUGAUGACAACUUACAAUCGCGGCUUUCAGAGUUGAGACGUCAGCAACGUGCCAACUCAGCAAGAUACGCUCUCAUUUCCAUCCUUGCUGUCAUGAAGGAUGAUGAACUAUCAGUUGAAAUCGAAUGGAACUCCCAAAUGAGCCAUCAAGAUGAACUCAUGAGCUGGGCUUGUCGCCUUGAAAAGCCGAACAAUGUGUACAGCCAACAUUUUCUUUUCAGGCUACAUAGCCAAGAAUUGCUACAGCCUGAAAGGCUUUACGCCGCAUGGAAACAGGUCGUAAUGUCCCAUCAGAUCCUGCGUACAUUGUUCCUGGAAGAUGAUGAAGGAAUGUUUUUACAAGUCGUGUUGAAAACGGCCACACCAGAUAUUGAGAUUAUACGACUUGAAGAUGCGCAAGACCUCUCACGACUUUGGGAAAACCGAUCCAACAACCCAGGUCUUUCACCACUUGGCGGCAAGAUUCUGCACAAACUCAGCAUAUUCUCAGCAAAGGAUGGCUCGGCCUACUGCUUUCUGGAUAAGAACCACAUCAUAACAGAUGGCACAACAUCAAGGCUUCUUAUUCGCGACUUUCUGAAUGAGUACGAGGGUCGGAAAAAAUCAGAAAUCUGUCCAUAUUCCAACUAUAUAAGAUUUAUUUUGGAACAGGACCUGGGGAAGAUAACUGACUAUUGGACUCAAUAUUUAAGCGGAGUCACAAAUUGUCAGUUUCCAAAGCUUUCUCAAACACGGACUCCACCAGGUCAAAAGGUUGAGUUCUCUCGCACAACGUUAACUGUCUCCGACAAAAUGACGCUGGAGACUGGCUGUAGAAAACUGGAUGUCACUUUGCCGAUUAUCUUUCAGGCGGCUUGGAGUAUUGUUCUGGCUGUCUAUCUCAAUACUGACGAUGUUGUCUUUGGGCUCCUGUGCCACGGUAGGGACGCACCAAUCCCUGGAGCUCAAGAAAUCAUUGGGCCAAUGGCUACUGUUGUCCCAAUCAGAGCUCAACUGCCAGUAACAAAACGAAUUCUCGAACUCAUUAAUGCAUUGCACGAAGACAACAUUGCACACAUGUCAUACCAAGCAAUAUCUCUUGCUCGUAUUCAACAUACCAUCAAGCGCAGUGCAGAUUCAAUAUUUAAUACCCUACUCAACUUCCAGAAGACUAGCACCGCUUCUUUUUCGUCCGGCGUCAAAUACGAUCUUUUAAACGCUCAUGAUACCAGCGAGUAUGAUCUUGCCGUUUGUAUAAAUGAAGACAAGGACCGCCUUGAUGUUACCAUAGAAUACCCAAAAGACUUUAUGUCUGAGGCUCAAGCUCAACGUCUACUCGCAGUUUACCUCAACACCAUUGAUUGCUUGGUUGGUAACCCGAAUGGCAUAAUUAAGGAGCUCAAUCUCGCCACGCGCUUGGACAGAGAGCAAAUACAAGAAUGGAACUCCGAAGAUAUGGAAGCCAGCAAACGUUGUAUUCAUGAAAUGAUAUCGGACACAACGCUAUACCAACCUUCGAAGCCUGCAAUAUCAUCAUGGGAUGGUGAUUUAACGUAUGCACAGUUGGACCUGCUUUCUACAAAACUCGCAGCGCAACUUCAGGCUAUUGGAGCUAAGCCGGAUGAGGUUGUCGUUCUCUGCUUCGAAAAGUCACUUUGGGCGGUUGUCGCCAUGCUUGCCGUUGCCAAGUCCGGUGCUGCAUUUGUUCACAUUGAUCCGAAAGGAGCUCCCAAGAGAACAGAGUUCGUGAUUAAACACACCAAGGCACGCAUUGGUCUCGCAUCCCUUGAGCAGUAUGACAACUUCAUAUCUUUUGUUGACACAAUUCUCAUCAUCAACAAGCCUUCCGUCAUGGGCUUGCCGACCCCCGGUGUGAAGGAUGUUGUCUCGGCCUCGGCAGAACCGUCCAACACUCUUUACAUCAUCUUCACCUCUGGGACAACGGGCACACCCAAGGGUGUGGUCAUCCAGCACGAGUCUUUCUGCUCUGCGGUGGUGGCAAAUAAGUCUUGGCUUCAGAUAAAGCCCAAUUCUAGGGUCCUUCAGUUCACAAACUACUGCUUUGAUGCCUCACUUGAAGAAAUUUUCACAGUGCUAGUUGCGGGCGGGUGUAUCUGCAUUCCCUCCGAUAAGGAGCGCAUGACCGAUAUUCCUGGGUUUGUAAAACGCAAGAAGGUUAAUUGGGCGGCAUUCACCCCUUCGUUUCUCCGGACGCUGGACCCACAAGAUCUGAAGCCUGUUAAAUUCAUUACUGUCCAUGCAGAGCCUAUGGAUCAGGACCUUAUCAAACGAUGGGCAGAUAAGAUACACAUGAGGCCAAGUUACGGGCCGACUGAAUGCUCUGUUACUAGUACAGUUGGUCUUCAGUUCAGUGUUGACACCGACGCAACAAACAUUGGCUUUCCUGUCGGAUGUCGAGGUUGGGUUGUCCAUCCGGAUAAUCAUGAUAUUCUAAUGCCCAUUGGAGCUAUUGGCGAGCUACUUCUGGAUGGUCCUAUCGUCGGCAAGGGCUAUCUCUUUGAUGAUGCCAAGACAAAAGCCGCUUUCAUUGACCCUCCCUUAUGGGCCGUUGAGCGAGAGUCAAUAUUUGGCAGUUCGCCAAAACGCAAGCUAUAUAAGACGGGGGACCUUGUCAGAUAUGCCGAAGACGGAAGUCUGCUCAUCCAGCGGCGGAAGGAUGAUUCCCAAGUCAAGGUUCGUGGUCAGAGAGUUGAGCUGGAUGAGAUACAGCAUCACCUUAAUAAGGUAUCCCGCGAGAUACAACAUAACGCCAUAUUGGUUCCCAAAGCCGGACUUCUUAAGGGGCGCCUGGUCGCCGUUGCAAGUUUGACAGCUCUUUCAGCGGGAAUCGAUACCGGAAAUUACGGAGUUCAAGCGCUUAAAACAGUUGACAGGGAAGCCCUAGGUAGUGACAACUGUGAAAAAGUGAAUCAGAUCUUGAGUAAUAUUACAGCUGCAAUGGAGAGAGACUUACCUAGUUAUAUGAUACCAGAAACAUGGCUCAUUGUACAAAGUCUGCCAGUUCAGCUGUCACUCAAGUUAGACUACCGACGCGUGGUCAGUUGGGUUGAAGGGUUGGACAAGAAGACACUACAGUCUGUUUUGGAACUGGGCCAAUACAGAAGUUCGAUGCAAGUGAUGCGACUUUGCCGGGCAUCAGGUCUCCAAGUUACAACGCAAGAAGUUCUCUUGAAUCAAACGAUCAAGCAACUGGCAGUAGUAGCUGCGCGAGCUUCUUUACCACCCAAAUCCCUAAUACCAACACCUCCACGGUCGCCUGACGACGAAUUCCACCUCUCAUCAUUCGCUAAAAAGGUCACAGAGACCGACAGCAAUGUGGAAUCAGUUUUUCCAUGUUCUCCAUUUCAAGAGAGAAUGUACAAUGCAUUUCAGAACAAGGCCCAGAAACCUUACUUGUUUAAUAGCCUGGUGUGCUUGGAAAAUAUCGGUCAAGACGCUUCAGUGAAUCUCAACAAGCUUUUCCGUGCCUGGCAGCAAACAGUCGAUUGCCACAGUAUUCUUCGAACCGCCCUAGUACUAGAUCCAAAGACCAAGAAAGUUUUUCAGAAAGUGCUGAAGAGGCAUAGGGCAGAUAUUGCGACUUUAUCGGCCAUGUCAGAGCAUGAUGCCCUCCGGCAAAGCAAGUCACAUCUCAAUAAAACGCGUUCAGCGUUAUUCAAAAGCGAAGCCCCACCGUUGUCUGUUCGAAUAUUCGUAACAUUGGAUCGUGUCAUUUACGUUCAUUUUGUUAUGAGCCAUGUUCUAAUAGACCAUGUCAGCUUAGCCCACGUCUUUAGCGAUUUUUCCAGGUUUUACGGUGACCAGGUCCCGACACCAGGCAUCACAACUAGUUUCGGCUAUUACAUUGAGAAUCACUGUCGCACCAAAGCUAUACACGCAAAUAACAAGUUUUGGGUAGAGACAAUGAAGAAUACCAGCCCGUGCAUGGUGUCCUCGGAGUCUCUUGUCAGCAGCACGGCCGACCCUCACUCGAUGGACUCCAUCAAUUUCUCUUUAAGCAUCACAGACGAACUGCGAGAAUUUUCACGGGGCACCGAAGUGACUUUGUCAAGUUUGCUUCAAUUUACUUGGGCUAUGGUUUUGCAUGUUUACACAGGUCAUUCGACUGUUUGUUUCGGCCACCUGGCGUCUGAUCGAGAUAUCGAUUUGCCACAAGCUGAAGAAAUCGUUGGACCUAUGCUGUCACUAAUGAUAGCAAGAGCUGUGUUGAACGACUCCUCGAGUCUCAUCGAAGCCUUACGCGACUUCCAGAAUGACUGUAUUCGCAGCUUGCAGCACAAAAUAUUCGAUUUGACUGAAGUAGAACGUCAACUUGGAUACGAAAAAACUGGACUUUUUAAUACUCUUGUCAAUUAUCGAAAGGUCAAGUAUUCUGGCGUUGAUGCAAACGUCAACUUCCGCUCUAUAUGGAAACAGGAUCCCCAUGAAUUGCAGCAAUUUUUGGUUCUUGCCUUCAAUGAAAAGUCCCUUCGAAUUGAGGCUUCCUUAACAUUCUACGAAUCGAUUUAUUCGAAACAGACGAUAAACACAUUAGCCGAAGCAUAUUCUGGCAUUUUGGAGAUGGUGGUAUGUGGCCAACAUCGUACAGUAGGCGACAUGAAGUCGGUCUUGAGUCCAUAG